UAAUUAAAGUAUUAGGAAGAGCUAACCAAAAAAAGCUGGUCCUACUGGGCUGACUAACUACUUGUUUAUAAAUAAUGGCUGAAAGACUUGAUCUGGUUGCUAGUAAAAAAUGGGUGUACAGCACGUAUGGAAAUGUGCUAGUCAAGAGUGUCAGGUCUCUACAGGCCAAUGAUGAGUUGUGUGACUUUACCAUUACAGCUGACAAGAAAUCAAUAAGAGUUCACAAAGUGAUACUAGCAGCAACGAGUGAAUACUUCAGAGCCAUGUUGCGGGGCUACAUGAAAGAAACAAAAGAGGAUAUCGUCGAUCUCGGCGGAAUUAGUGCUUCCUCUCUUGAAAUGAUCGUCGAAUUCAUCUACAGUGGUGAGAUGGAGUUGAAUCCUGACUGCCUUAUUGACAUGCUGAAUGCUGCUAACCAUCUCCAGAUUCCUACAGCACUGGAGUUAUGCAGUGACUAUAUAAUCUCUCUCAUCACAUUUGCCAAUGCAGAGGAAUUUGUGCACAUAGCUGAUAUUUAUUCGUUAGAGAAGGUAAUUGAUUUUUUCACAGAUAAGGUUCUCACAAACUUUGAAACAUUUACAGAGGCUCCAGUGUUUCUCUCAACGAGUGUCAGCCCUUUAAUGUGCUACCUGCAGAGCGAUAGACUGAAAAUCAAAUCAGAGGUUCUCUUAUUUGAUGCCAUUCUCAAGUGGUUUCGACAUGACUCGGCUCGGAUCGAGUCCAUACCGACGCUUCUCAGAUGUAUUAGGUACGGGUUGAUUCCAAAAACUACGCUACAAUCAAGUCAUCCCAUUUUCGCCUUAUUCCCAGACGAAGCCCAACUACUUCAGACUGGUUUGAAGUACCACGCUGAUUAUUUGAAAGGCCAUCCCGAGCCGGACAUUAAUUGGAGGAUUCGGACCAAUGAAACGUCGUUGAUAAUCGUUAUACACGGUUCUUCUAACAGGCCUCUGGAGAUCGUCGCCUACGAAAAGUCUACCUCAAAUUUCUAUCUCGUCGGAAGUGAUACGAAUGCCAGUAGAGAUUGUAGAGUCGUCGAGGUCGAAAAUUAUUUGUACAUAUUUAGAGUCGUCGAUAGCGGUGGGGGCGCCUUCGUCAACUGUUUGAUUCGAUUCGAUCCCAGACAUCUGACGCUGAUUAUCCUGUUACCCGGACGAACAAUCAGACUUGACCCGGCCAUUGUUGUCCACGGUAAAAAGAUUUUUUGUAUAGGCGGGUGCAUGGAUGUACCUCAAGGAAUUCACGGAAAUACGAUGCUAGACACAGUCGAAGUUUACAACUUAGCAGAUAACACGUGGAGCUUUGUUUCUCCCAUUCCAGACGCCACUCACUCGCACGCAGCGUGUGCGGCUCGAAACUUGAUAUACUACAGUGGCGGGAUAGCGGCUUCAAACAGAGGAGCAGCGUCGCCUAAUUUUGUCCAGUUUAAUCCUCAGACAGAAGAGUACAACUACUUGUGUCCCAUGCACAGUCCCAGGCGGUUGCACGAAAUGGAAGCCCUGAACGAUCACAUCUACGUUCUGGGCGGCAUCGGAUCUCACAGUUACGACCACAAGAAAAAUUUGAUUCCCAUAGAGAGGUACAGCAUAGAUACUGACCAGUGGACUAUAUUGAGUGGCACGCUAGCAGGCCGAUCGAUCGGCCAUUAUGUUGUUGUGAAUGAUACAAUAAUCUCGUUAGGAAGAGAGCACAUCUCUGCUACCGAGGACGCCAUUUGGUCCUAUAGUCCGGAAACUGAUUCCUGGACCCCUUACACUAAAAUACCUCACAAGACUUCAUUAGCUCUAUCGGCUGGCUCGUUUUUAAAUAUUAAUUUUGCUGAUGAAAAAGUUUCUAAACGUAAAGUUUAAGUUUUUAAUUAUGUAUCUUCGUUGUUUCAUUAUGUUUU